CUGUAAUGAUUCCCCAUUACCUCCUAACUGUCUCUCCUCUAGCUGUAAUGAUUCCCCAUUACCUCCUAACUGUCUCUCCUCUACCUGUAAUGAUUCCCCAUUACCUCCUAACUGUCUCUCCUCUAGCUGUAAUGAUUCCCCAUUACCUCCUAACUGUCUCUCCUCUACCUGUAAUGAUUCCCCAUUACCUCCUAACUGUCUCUCCUCUAGCUGUAAUGAUUCCCCAUUACCUCCCAACUGUCUCUCCUCUACCUGUAAUGAUUCCCCAUUACCUCCUAACUGUCUCUCCUCUACCUGUAAUGAUUCCCCAUCACCUCCUAACCUUCUCUCCUCUACCUGUAUAAGAGUCCCCAUUACCUCCUAACUGUCUCUCCUCUACCUGUAAUGAUUCCCCAUUACCUCCUAACUGUCUCUCCUCUAGCUGUAAUGAUUCCCCAUUACCUCCUAACUGUCUCUCCUCUAGCUGUAAUGAUUCCCCAUUACCUCCUAACUGUCUCUCCUCUACCUGUAAUGAUUCCCCAUUACCUCCUAACUGUCUCUCCUCUAGCUGUAAUGAUUCCCCAUUACCUCCCAACUGUCUCUCCUCUACCUGUAAUGAUUCCCCAUUACCUCCUAACUGUCGCUCCUCUACCUUUUAUGAUUCCCCAUUACCUCCUAACUGUCUCUCCUCUACCUGUAAUGAUUCCCCAUUACCUCCUAACUGUCUCUCCUCUAGCUGUAAUGAUUCCCCAUUACCUCCUAACUGUCUCUCCUCUACCUGUAAUGAUUCCCCAUCACCUCCUAACCUUCUCUCCUCUACCUGUAUAAGAGUCCCCAUUACCUCCUGUCUCACCUCUACCUGUAAUCAGGCAUGUUUCAGC